ACUAUACCUCCACACUGGUGGUAAGUCUAAUGUUGUCUGAUCUCCCUUAUGCAAAACCGAACAUGUAGCGUGGUGCUUUUUUUUGUUUCCUGAUGAAGUAAAACCUGCCGAACCGGUUUUAUUGACCCACACAGUCACCAUAUAAACCCAUCCUGACUGCUCUGUACUUGUCAGUACCGACUCUGAAGUGAGGAACUGUGUCGCCGUGAGUCACUGUGCAGUACUAGGAGCAUCAACAAAUCUCGGAUCUGGAGUAAGACCAACAUGGCGACAGGAGCCAGAUCUCAUCUGAAACAAGGGGAGGGGGAGGAUCGACAGGAUUCUCCCUACGGUACCCACAAGUGCAGUUAUUGCGACAAGGAGUUUCGCUUCAAGAAUAAGCUCAACAAACACCUGCGAACUCACACUGGUGAGAGACCAUACCAGUGUGGUGAAUGCGGGAAACGGUUUACUCUACUCGAAAAUCUGAAGAUACACAUUCGGACUCACACGGAUGAGAGACCUUACCGUUGUAAGGAGUGCAGUCGACAGUUCCGUCAGCAGGGUGAUCUGAUGAGACAUAUAAGGACUCACACAGGUGAAAGACCGUACAGAUGUGAUGAAUGCAGCAGACGGUUUAGUAGGUUGAGCAAUCUGAAAGUGCAUGUGCGAACUCACACUGGUGAAAAGCCGUACAAGUGUGAAGAGUGCAACAAGCAGUUUAAUGAGCUGGCUACUCUAAAGGCACACAUGCGGACUCACACCGGUGAAAGGCCGUAUAAGUGUGAGGUGUGCAGCAAGCAAUUCCGCGUUCAGUCGAAUCUGAAGAAACACACGUGGACUCACACGGGUGAAAAACCGUACAGGUGCAAGGAGUGCGACAAACAGUUCAGUGACCAGUCGAAUCUGAAAAAACACAUGCGGACAUGUGAACAAUGCAGCAGAAGCUUUUGUCAGUCACGUAGUCUUCGUGUGCACAUGCAAAGUCAUAUCGGUGAAAAUCUAUGAAUAAAUAUUGUUACACAGUAGAAAAAAGAUUACAUCUUAAGCUUGUGAUAUAGUAAAAAAGGCCACAAACCCGAAGUUUGUCACUUCUUUACAUGUACAAAGCCAAAAGUGGCCAAUAGAUGAUUUACCGUUUCAAUUCAGCACUGCACUCACUGCAUCCCUCCACCGUAGAAAAUAACACUAACUGAAUUACAAGUACAUCAUUGUAGUUACUAUUGUCACGUCCCGUACUUGAUUAGAAAUAGAAGCGUUGUUUAAAAAAAUGGCUGUAGAAUGUUUGGACACUAAGUGAGAGAAAGAUAGCAAAUAUCGCUGGACACAGCUUUCUGCCAUCGCUCUUACUUUUAGGUACUCAAGUUCUUAUUAACAUUUUAUACGUCACUUUAAUCGCUGUAAAUACUCUAGAUCCUUAGCGUUUCGGAUUAGUUUUGGAAACAUGCUACUUAGAUGUUGCUAUGUAUUGUUUGCCUUCAUGAUAUGCUGUAAAAUGUUAAAGAUUUGUUAACUUCCGGCACUCAGUUUCCUCAAUAAACUAAAAUGCGAAUGUGUUGUCUUUCCUGGUGUAUAUUAUAUUUUUCCUCCCCACAAAAUAUGUAUGGUUUUCCUCAAAAUCAUCUCGCAUAAAUAACAUUAGUUUUCUAAAGUAAAACUACCGAACCUGUAUUAUGCCCCCGC